GAGGUAAACUUGUAUUGCCCAAAAUUACUUUUGGUGAGUAAAGUUGAUUAUGAAUUUGUCUCAAGUAAGGCAGCCUCACUCCUGAGAGAAGUUGUGUGAACAUAACUUUUUCCAGAUUUCGAUAUUAUUACGGGAAAUUGCAACUCUAGGCUCACUGCUUCGGUCGUCGGCGGAGAGCCCCAAUGUGACCUAUUACAUUUGAUAUCAAGAUCGGUUAUCUUUGCCACAACUUUACUUUUUCUCCCCAAGCCUCGCACAAAUUCUGAACUUUCAGCUUUCCUUACCUCUCAAUAUUCAACCUCCUAUCUUUUCAACCCCUUUCAUAUUGGAUGAACGAUAGAUAUGCCUCGCAACCGCAAGAGAGGUGGAAUCUUUGACUCCUAUGGUUUACCAAAUCCUAUCAUUGGUGUCGUGCCGACUACUGCCAAAACGACUGCUAGCACGAGUACAAGCACCAGACAUUUGAUCGAAUAUCCGACGGCACCGAACCGGUAUUCAGGACAAAAUGGACAUAUGCUGGGACAGAGCUCGUUGAUGCCAAAGCUGGCAGAUGGCUUGGCAUAUAAUCUUCCUAAGAGACCUCCAUCAUUGCAACAGAUUUUGGCUUUGAAAAGGGCGUGCAAAUUUAUGGCAAAGUACUGUGAAGAGAAUUCGAUCACAUCAUUUUCCCCAGCGGGGCGUGUUAAUAGUGAUGAGGUAUAUAUCGAGAGAAAAGGAGAUAGAGUUGUAUUCACAGAACCCAUUGCAACGUACAGAAGUAAUGGUACAGGUAAAACCUUUGGAAUCAUCCGUCUCAAAGGUGGAGAGGUAAAAUUUAAAGCAACAAGUGGUUGGGGAAGGAGGGAGAAUGACGAUUCGUUACGGGACAACGAAUUUUGUUCCGCUGUAAGUUUUCCAAGUUGUGUUAGGGCAACUGUCUGCCUUCUGGUUGUAAAGAGCCAGACCAAAGACAAUGCCCUUGUUUAUUCCAUACAGGGUGGUGCUAAUCUAUCGAUUUUACAGCAAGUACUGCAAUUUUGCAAUUAUCUAGGCUUUAAACUUCGAAGGAAUUGCUGGGACAAGACUGAAAUCGGAAGAUACGCAGCUUGUCACGUCGAGAAGAAGCUCAUACUGAUGCUCGUACUGGAUUUAAUCUACGACCCGGAGACCGGCGACAUAGCGAUGCAUAGAUUAAAAGAGCUUUGGGAAUUAAGACCUCCCCUUAGAGCCCAGAUUCACAUCGAUAAAGACCCCUGUGAGGGUUGCAGAAACUUUGCUACUGUAUUGAGGGACUCGACGAGCAUCGAGUUCGAAAUAAUUACUGCAAAAACUUCCGUGGAAGCAGAGUCGGUGAAGGUGGAUGGGAGAAAGCAGCUCCGGGGGAAGCAUACUGCACAAAAUGGGCAACCUCAAAUAACGAAAUACUCAAUGCCCAAGAUAAAUGGGUCAAGGAAGACGGUAGACUACAGCAUACCUGAGGUUUCUUCAUCUCGGAGAAACAAAUCUGGAAGGAAGCGGAAGAGAUUGGACGAUGACGAUGACGACGACGACGAUGACGAUGAAUCAUCCAUCUUCCACUCCAAUGAUUUGCAACCAAAGACCAAGAAGCUAUACGGUCAUCCUCGAACUGUCGAUCAAAUCAACAAAUCGAAGUCUAACUUGUCUACCAUCCAUUUGAGGAAGCCAAACCCAGCUCACAACGCGGAGAAAGAUCUUGCUAGCAACAGGCACUUGCCUUCAGCUAAGCAACGAAGCAGAAAAGUAGAUAUGAAGCCCAUGAAAUCUAGCCUGCCUUUGAGUCCCACAAGAUACGCUAAAGUGCCUCCUCCACCACGAGGUACAGCAGUGGACCACUAUUCUUCGUCAGUAAAAAGUGGCAGGCUGCACGGUCAUGCUGUACCUUCUGAGCGAUCCCGAAUGAUAGCAGAGCUUCAGCAGGGAAAAGGGGGUUUCCUUUCCAAGCCUGUAGAUCACAGCUUGCCAAACCGUCGCAAUGUGCCAUCCAUAUCUUCACUCGCCCGAACAGAGGUUUGCACAGCAUCUGAUGAUUUAGAUUCCGUGAGCUUGAGAAGUUCCAGAACAGCUUCACCCGAGAGAUCUGCAGAUGCUUUACCUACCCCAGAAAUAACGCCUCUGACAAAACAUGCAAGAGAUUUAUCCUCAAAGAGAUUUAAGGCGGCGCAGCCUGUCACCCCGUCAAGAGCUACCCAGAGCUCAUGUAAACAAAACCUGAGCAAAGCUGCAACUUACAGCUCAUCAUCAAAGCAGGUCGAUUCCAGAAGAAUUGACUUGACCACUCCCGAGCCAUCACCAUUGUUAAAGAUAAGUCAAUAUAAAUACACACCACCUUCUAAAUCUAGUAAAAAUCGCUCAGAGAAGAAGACCGCUCCUAUUCCAUUUAGGUUGUCCCAUAACCUCGAUUAGAUGUUGUUGAUUCAAUCUUAAUUCUUUGUCAAACAUCAGGGUACUUAUUGUAUACUAGACUCUUCAUAUAUGUAUACAUUUAUACAAUCCUUCUAAAUGCAUUAGUCUAGAUGAAAUACGUGGUUGUCCAAGGUACUAGAUAUCGCUUGUUGUAGUAGAUGUCAGCGUCGAUUGUCUCAGCCCGUCAUCUUUCCCCUAAUGCAGGAACAAUGAUUAAAUGAUAAAUAUUUUGCAAAAUGUGAGGAAUCCCAUGCGCUAUCCACUAUUUUGCUUUGCUUGUAAACUACUGAGCCGGAAAUUUGAUAAUUUGAGCUGAUUCGUGAAGGUUGACUGGAAAUCGUCGAGAUGGGUAAGAAAGGACGACCUGAGACCAUCCAUUCUUAGUUGACCUACUUCAUAGGAUUUUAAAUUAUCGAGCUGGCUUUUUAUACUCUCGGGGCGCGGCA